CCACUGAUCACAAUGUCAAUUCUGCUCUCUCAAGAGCUGCUCAUCUCCACAGUACUAGUGGUACUUGGUUCCCUGUACUGCUUGUACUUGAGGGCUAGUUCUAGAUCAAAGAACCAAUCAGUGCUCCCCACAAAUUGGCCAAUACUCCACAUGUUCCCUUCCUUUGUCUCCAACCUCCACAACUUGCAUGACUAUUUCACCCUAGUCCUUGCUGGAUCCGGCCAUAGCUUCAGGGCGCAUGGCCCUCCUGGCACCAGGAUGCGGUUCUUCAUCACAUGCGACCCUGCCAAUGUCCGACACAUCUUCACAACCAAUUACGCCAACUUCCCCAAGGGCACGAGGUUUGCCGAUACAUUCGACAUCAUGGACGGCAGCCUCUUCACCAUUGAUGGUGAACCGUGGCGUCGGCAGCGCGCCAAAGUCAAGGGCUUGCUUGGUAGCCCGCGACUAGUAGCCAAUAUGGUGGCUUGCUGCUGUAGCAAGGUGGAGAAUGACCUCCUCCCGUUGUUUAGCCACAUGUCAAGCACAGACACUCCAUUUGACAUGCAACAUCUGAUGUCUAGGUUAAUGUUUGACCUGGCUGCUAUGCCUCUCUUCGGCGUUGAUCCUGGCCUCCUAUCAUCGGAAAUGCCACCCAUGGAUGUUGCGGUUGCCAUGGACACAGUCAUGGAGGUGGGAUGUUUUCGGCACAUGAUGCCGUCUUCUUUCUGGAAACUGAUGAGGUGGUUAAACAUUGGUCCUGAGCGAAAGCUCAAUGCGGCGCACACACUGCUACGAAGGUUCAUCAAGGAGAUGAUGGAGAGGAGGAAGAUCAAGACGGGGCAAGUUAAUAAUGAUGAUGAAGAAGAGGGUGUGGAUAUUGUAUCUUCCUUCCUCGAUGACCCAUACUACGCUAAUGAUGACUUGUUUCGUGCUAUCAUCAUUGGUUACAUGCUCGCUGCAAGGGACACAGUUGGAACGGCCCUGACAUGGAUCUUCUACUGCCUCGCCCAGAACCCUAACAUUGUGUCAAUCAUGCGCAAUGAACUCUCACCGAUUGCAUCACACAAAGUAGUAGCUGGUGUUGGCACUAUGGUGAUAUUUGAGCCGGCUGAGACCAAAUCUUUAGCCUAUGUUAGGGCUGUGUUGUAUGAGACUCUCAGGUUGUACCCGCCGGCACCUACUGAGCUCAAGACGGUGGUCGCCGACGAUACAAUGCCGAGUGGCCAUGAGGUGCAUGCCGGCGAUGCCAUCUUUAUUUCUCUCCAUUCCAUGGGGAGAAUGGAAGGCAUAUGGGGUAAGGACUGUCUCGACUAUAACCCAGAUAGGUGGCUCUCGAAGGAUCGCAACAGUCUGAGGUAUGUACCAUCUCACAAGUUCUUGGCCUUCAACUCAGGGCCAAGGAUGUGCCUCGGUAAGGACAUCGCGGUCAUGCAGAUGAUGACGGUCGUCGCCUCAACACUAUGGAACUUUGAUGUGCAUCUGUUGGAAGGGCAAAGCAUCGAGCCCAAGGCAUCUUGUAUACUAGAGAUGAAAAACGGGCUUAUGGUUAAGCUGAAGAAGCGAGACGUGUAA